CGGCGGUGCUGGGGGGGGUGGAGGAGGAGGAGGAAAAGGGGAAAAGGAGAAGAUGGAAGGGAACAGAGACGAAGCGGAGAGAUGUAUAAACAUCGCGACGAGAGCCCUCGAGGCCGGCGACAGGGAGAAAGCGGAGAAGUUCCUGGUCAAGGCGGAGAAGCUGUAUCCGACCGACGCCGCCAAAGCAUUGUUGGACGCAUUAACGAAGAAUGGAAGCUCAGCGGGUAAUGGUGCAUAUCGAAGGAGACCAGCAGAAAGCUCGGAAAGCACCGGCGCCCGGCCAGAGAGGGAAGGUCAAGAAUCUGCUGGCGGUGAUUCUUCUAAAGGCUUCACCAAAGACCAGGUCGAAGGUGUGCAAAGAAUAAAGCGGUGUAAGGACUAUUAUGAAGUGCUCGGUGCUGGUAAAGAAGCCGGCGAGGAUGAGCUCAAGAAAGCCUACAGGAAAUUAGCACUCAAGUUCCAUCCAGACAAAAAUCAUGCACCUGGAGCAACGGAGGCCUUUAAAAAGAUUGGUAACGCGUAUGCAGUGCUGAGCAACCCAGACAAACGACGGCAGUAUGACCUGACGGGAGGGGAGGAGCCCAGCAGCCAGGGGCACUCGCACGGCGGCGGCUUUGACUUCCACAGGGGCUUUGAGGCUGACAUCACUCCUGAGGACCUCUUCAAUAUGUUCUUUGGAGGUGGUUUCCCUUCAUCAAGCACGCACACCUUCACCAAUGGCAGGACGAGUUACAGCAAUCACACAGAUUCCCGACAGGAAAGAACGGAAGAAAGGGGAGACGGUGGUUUCUCAGUGUUUAUCCAGCUGAUGCCCAUCGUGGUCCUGAUUUUAGUAUCAAUACUGAGUCAGAUGAUGGUAUCACCUCCACCGUACAGCCUCUACUCUAGACCGUCCACGGGUCAGACCUUGAAACGGCAGACCGAAAACCUGCACGUUGACUAUUAUGUCACUAAAGACUUCAAGUCUGAGUUUAAAGGCUCUGCGCUUCAUCAGAUUGAGAAAAAUGUGGAGGAGGACUACGUAGCUAAUGUCAGAAAUAACUGUUGGAAGGAGAGACAGACAAAAACAGACCUGCUGUAUGCUGCUAAGGUCUACAGGGAUGACCGAAUGCGCAAGAAGGCAGAGCUCAUGACCAUGGAUAACUGCAAGGAGCUGGACAGACUAAAUAACCUAUUCAGAGGAGGAUGAGUCGGACGCCUUUAGAUCAUGUAAAUGUAUACGAAUAGAUGUUUAUGUUUUUUUUUAAGGAAGAGUCUUAACACUAGGAGCAGAAACUUAAUAUAAUUUAGGUCUGUUGUUGGAAAUUUUAAAAAUGUCCCUCUCUUCAUACCCCCCCACCACCAACUUCACUUCUUCAUUACUCCAGCCUGACCCCAGGAAUCGCCUUGUUGAAUUUUUACUCACCAUUUUCUCGUAUUUUCCUGGAAACGAGAAGGACAAGGACACUUGACUGUGUAAAGGCACAUGCUUGGAGUAGUGAGAACCCAGGAGGCGCUCUGCAUAAGAAAACCACUCUUUAAAUCAACCGACGGCAUUUGUCUUCAUCAUCUGCUUGACGUGACUUUUAGAUGGGUUCAUCUGGGGGUGCUUGUCCUCCGGGCAAAUCCAUUUCUGAAGAAAACGGGGGAGGGGAAAAAGAAGGAAACGAAGAACAUUGAAUGCAUCUUUUAGCUUCCUUCAUUCUAAGUGCGGAUGAAGAUCGGUGGAUCGCGAAGAGCUAUCAAUGAUUUUGCCACCUAAAGAACAUUUUUAUGUUGAAUGCUUGAAAAAUGUGAACAUGGUUGGGACUUGACAUGGAAGGACACUGAAGCUGUUGUUCAUAAAUGGUUGUAUAUUUUCAUUAUGGAAUGUUUGAAAUUUAUGCAUUUAUUUAAGUAAAAAGGUUUUCUUUCAUGCUCACCUAACCAUUUAAAUAAAGUAAAAUCAUGACCAUA